CAUGUGCUUUGUUUAUGUGUCUGGCUGUUUUCACGUUUAAUUAAAAUGGCCUCUGACAGUGAUAGUUUCGAAUAUUCCGAUGAAGAAAUUGAUGAACGGAAGCACCAGAAAAUCAUUGAAGAUGUGCUUAAUUUGAACAAGGUGCAGAAUUUGAAAAAGCCAACGAGAACAGAACCGACACUACACAUUUCGGAAUUCGACCUGGUGAAAUCUGUAACGGGCAAUAAAGGUGCGAUAAAUUUGAGCGAACUAACAAAGGUGCUGAAAGAUCGUAAGAAACAUGAGGUAAUCGACAAGAAAGUUGCGAAAGCGAGUAAAAAGAAUAGCACAUUGCCAAAACCUUUAGAGAAACCAUUGGCUGAAAAAAUUCGUAGAUCUGUAGCAUACGAAAAGAACAGGUUGGAAUUUGACAGAUGGGAGGGGUAUGUUAUGUCCAAUCGAGCAGCUCCACACCUUUCUUUUCCAUUGUUAGAAACUGACAGUUUGAAAAUUGAAAAAGAUUCAAUUGUCCCAGAUAAAUGGAGAGUUAAAUCUGAAUUACAGAAAAAAAAUGAGGCUUUAGAGAAAGUUGAGGAGUUCCAUAUUAAAACUAAGGAAGAAGAAUUUCCUUUGACCAUGGAAGAAUUGAUGGAGACUAGAAAAGAGGCAGCAAAAUUGAGAGCUCAUCAAAGCUACAAGGAAGCCAAGGCCAGAAGGCAAAAUAAGAUCAAGAGUAAGAAGUUUCAUAGGAUACAAAGAAGAGAGAGGAUUAAGGAACAACUGAAGGAGUUUGAACAACUGCAGAAAACUAAUCCUGAGGAAGCUUUGAAAAAAUUAGAGGAUAUUGAAAGAGCUAGAGCUGAAGAAAGGUUUAGUUUAAGGCACAAAGGCACUGGCCAAUGGGCUAAGAACAAACAAAUCAGAGCGAAAUAUGAUAAAGAAAGUAGAAAAGUUUUGGCUCAACAGUUGUCAAUUAGCAGAGACCUGACACAAAAACUCAAAAAAGGAAAUGAUUCAGAUGAAGAUGAAGGAAUAGAAUCAGAAGAAAAUACGCCAGUUAUUGACAAAAACGGUGACAAUCCUUGGGUGAAUGGAAUGAAACCUGCAUCUGAAGUUUUGGAUUUUGUUAGUGGAUACAGGAAAUUUUGGAAUGAACAGAAUAUGAAAAAAACGGAUGAGACAAAUACAGAAGAACAGAAUAUGAAGAAAACGGAUGAGGCAAAUACAGAAGAACAUUCAAGUGAUGAUGAUGAUGUAAAACAAGAUUUUAAUGAAGAUGAUAUGCAAGAUGAGGUCAUUGAAAAUUUUAAAGAACAAUUAAAACAAUCUAAAAAACAACAAGAGGUGAAAAAAGAUAUUAUUCCAAAGACUAAUAAAUCUGAUAAAACAAAGUCAAAAAAGUUAAAAAAAUCAAGUGACUCAAAAAGUAAAUCAGAACUAAAAGUCAUAAAGCCACCCAAAAUCAACAAGAGUUUAAAUGAUUCGCAAAGUACAUCAGAAUGGGAAGUUGAACAAGUAAACACAACAACUAAUGGUCUAGAUUUGGAGGAUGCUUUUGAUCAACUAGAAAACAAACUCAAAUCAAAAAUGAAGCAGAAACUUAAAAACAUUAACAAAAUAAAUGGUGUAGAAAAAAAGAAGACACCUAAAAAGAGUAAGGAACCUAAGAAAAAGAUAGAUUUGUCUAUGAAAUCUAAAACUAAAAAGCCAAUUAUAGAUGAACCAUUGAAUGAAGGAGAUGAAAGUAACACUAAUGAAUUGAAUGCUUUAAAAGCAAUUUUGAAUGAAGCAGAGAACGAAGACAAAUCAGAAAAUAUAGAUCCCAACAAGUUUAUGAACGUUAAAAAAACUGAAUUAAACACAGCAAUACCGGAUAUUUUGACUGCGGAUGAAGAUCCUGAAGAAAAUGACAGUCAGCGGGAAAUAAUCAUGGAAGCGUUCGAAGACGAUGAUAUUGUCGCGGACUUUAAUAAAGAAAAGGCGGACGAAAUAGACAAAGACAAACCUAAAGAUAUUGAUUUAAAUUUGCCUGGUUGGGGCAAUUGGGGUGGCACUGGUAUUGUACCCAACAAAAGGAAGAAAAAGCGAUUUAUUAUUAAAAUGCCGGAGAAAAUUCCAAGAAGAGAUGACAAUAAAGGUUCGUUGAUAAUCAACGAAAACGCAGCGGACAAAAUUAGGGAGCACAUGGUUUCAGAAGUUCCUUUUCCAUUUAAGACGGUCAAGGAUUUCCAGGCGAGCAUCAGAGCAUCAAUUGGCAAUAGUUUUAUGCCUGAGACUGCGUUUAGGAGGUUGACUGAGCCAGCUGUUAAAACAAAAAUGGGUGUUAUUAUUGAGCCUGUCACUAGAGCUUCUUUAGUUGGUGUUAAGAAAUCAUAGUUAUAGGUUUUUUUACUUUUUUUGUUUCAUUUGAUGCAUUUCUGUUGUAAAAUAAAAUACUUUAAAAAUAAAUCAUCCUGGUUAAUAAAAAAUAGCUUAUUAAAAUUAUUGAUAUGUUGAAAAUCUCGUAUAGAGCUACACAAAUGUUUCUAAACGUUAUUUAAAUCAUUUUUUUUGUAGAAAUUUAUUUAAAAUGAACAAAAAAUGAUUGUACUGAU